GCUGCCCCUGCCCGGAGGUCCCAGCUUCCGCGUCCCAGGCUUGGCCUCCACCCGCCCUGGGCCUCCGCCCCGCUCCCGCCCCAGCCGCGGCCCGCCGAGCCCGCCGCCAACCGAGCUGCCAGUGACUCCCGCACAGCCGCGGGGACCCGGGCGGGGGGAGCCAUGCCGUGCCGGAGGGAGGAGGAAGCCGGCGACGAGGCGGAGGGAGAGGAGGACGACAACAGCUUCCUCCUGCUGCAGCAGUCGGUGACUCUCGGGGGCUCUGCCGACGUGGACCGGCUCAUCGCCCAGAUCGGCGAGACGCUGCAGCUGGACAAGGCGCACGAUGGCCCAGCCUCGCCAUGUGCCGCCCCGGGCCCCCCGCCCGCGCCCCCGCGGGUCCUGGCGGCGCUGCCGGCGGACAAGGCCGGGGCCCCAGCGAGGCGGCUCCUGCGGCGAGCAGCAUCUGCGGAGGCCGGCGACCCUGCGCCCCCGGGGGCCGUGCGCUGCGUGCUGGGGGAGCGCGGGCGCCUGCGAGGCCGGUCUGCGCCCUACUGUGUGGCGGAGAUCGCCCCGGGCGCCAGCGCGCUGCCCCAGCAGCCCGGCCUUGAGGUACCCCCGGGGAUGGGCAAACUAAGCAUCCCGCCGCCACUAUCCGGCCGGUGCCGGCGGAGUUGGCUCCGGAAUGCAGCCGCGUCCCGCCGCCAGCAACAGCGCCGCGGAUCUCAGCCAGAGACCCGCACCGGCGACGGCGACCCGCCACGGCUCCUGCAGCAGCUCCUGCUCUCGGGAAACCUCAUCAAGGAGGCGGUGCGGAGACUUCAUUCGCGAGGGCUACAACUACAGGCAAAGCUUCCCGCUCACUCGUUCCUCGGGCCUUUGUCAGCCCCGGUGCAUGAGCCGCCUUUGCCCGGGAGCCCUCGCGCAGCCUGCAGCGACCCUGACGCUUGCGAAGGAGGGCGCAGCUCAGAACUGGGGACGACCUUCUUGUCCCUGGCAGCUAAUAACCUAGGUGACCACAACACCAACCUGUAGCGGGGGGCCAAGGGAUUCACCCAGGACUUCACCCAGCCAGCCGGGGCUGGUGGAGGAAAAUAAGCUAAGGAAGACAACCGAAAUAUCGCAACUAUUUUCAUGAGUUGAGAGCCCCAAACUGUUUGAAACCCAAGACUUAAGUUUGUUUAAAGCAGAUUCUAUAGAGUGCACCUCAGGCUGUCAUGUCAGCAGGACUCCUUUUUUUUUUUUUUUUUUUUUUUUUUUGCAUAAUCCAACCUGGUCGCUGCAAUUCCGCUCAGACUCUCCUGGCCAAGCAGGCACCACGUGGCCACGGUUCAUGCUCUCAGGAUCGGCUCAGCCAGCUAUGGAACGAAGGACAAUGAUCCCCGUUACUUGCUGUACUUCUCAGGGCUGGUUCCUGAUCCACUUUGGGGGAGGGGGGAAACAAAAGUGGAUGUAAUUUCGGGGAGCGCCCCAAAAUGUCACACUUGAACAUUUUACUACAGUUAAAAGACCAUCUCAUCUUUUCGGUGCUGGUUUCAAUGUAAAACAUGAGGCUGAAUAGAAAUAA